AGCAACUUCUCUCAGGGACGAAGAGAGAGUACAGGCCCUCUGUGCUGCCAUGCAUCACCCAAACUGACUCAUCCCUCCUCACCUGCUGCCAUCAACCUCUCUGUCUGUCCAUAUCACUCAAGGAGAUCACACCACCACUGAGAAACAUCAAGGCCUGUGGUGGGAAUGACAAGAGCCGGCUUCACAUGACAUGAGUUACGAAAGCUUGCAAGCUCUUUUUUUUUUUUUGGACAUCAAAAACUGGAAAGCAUAAGAAAGUGUGAUGUAAAAUGGACUUCUGAGGAGAUUGGCAAAGGACUGUGUUGAAGAUAAUGAAAUGCUGUAUCAGAGCUAUCCAACUCCUCUGAGCAGCUUAUGUAAUGGUUCUGUGUUCGGCUGCAUGUGCGUUCCCGCGUUUCCUCCACACACGCCUGGAUCUAUAGGCUGUAGGUCAGGACUUGGCAGAUCAGCCUCCUCAGAAAGGAGAGAGAGAGAGAGAAAAAAGAAAGAAAGCAAUCGUGACCUCAGCUGCUAGCUGCUUCACCUCUCCUCACUGACCAACACUUCUUCACCCCAGUCCAUCGUUGGAAACAGCUGCCACCAUGAGCUCCUCUCCGCUGGUUUCUCGAGCGAACGUGGACAUCCUGGACGAGUUGCAGCUGAUCGCUGCUCAGAACUUGGAGAGGCUGGAGGUCAACAAGUACUAUGAAGUGAUCAGGGAGCUGGGGAAGGGUACCUAUGGCAAGGUGGACCUGGUGAUCCACAAGAUCAGAGGUACAAAAAUGGCGCUGAAGUUUCUGAAGAAGAAGACGACGAAGCUGAAAUCAUUCCUUCGGGAGUACAGCAUCUCACUAUACCUCUCCCCCUGCCCCUUCAUCAUCAACAUGUACGGCAUUGCCUUUGAGACAGACGAGUACUACGUCUUUGCCCAGGAGUAUGCGUUGGCAGGAGACCUCUUCGACAUCAUUCCCCCACAGGUUGGUCUACCUGAGUCAGUGGCAAAGCGUUGCGUGCAUCAAGUGGCCAUCGCUCUGGAUUAUCUACAUUGUAAGAAGCUCGUCCACAGGGACAUCAAGCCUGAAAACAUUCUCAUUUUCGACAGAGAGUGUCGUAAAGUCAAGCUUUCAGACUUUGGCAUGACCCGUCGGGCUGGCUCGCCUGUAAAAAGAGUGAGUGGCACCAUUCCCUACACAGCCCCAGAGCUUUGCGAUGCCUCCCGCCAGGAGGGUUUCUGUGUGGACUACAGCACCGAUGUCUGGGCCUUUGGUGUGCUGCUCUUCUGCAUGCUGACUGGCAACUUCCCUUGGGAGAAGGCGCUUCCCACUGAUACUUUCUAUCAAGAGUUUAUCCACUGGCAGAGGAGGAGGACGAACACGGUGCCAUCGCAGUGGAGGCGUUUCACCGAGCAGGCACUGCGAAUGUUCCGCCGCCUGCUCUCGGUGGAGCAGGACCGCCGCUGCUCUGUUAAGGAGGUAUUCGGGUAUUUCAGCCACUCCUGGAUGCUGGAUGCAGAGCAUGACAACAACGGCAAUGCAGGGGGAAGUGGUAGCGCAGAGAUGGUUGGUGGGAGCAACAUGGGAGGAGGAGGAGGGAAUGUGCGAGGAGAUAUGGAAGGCACCAUCUCUACUUCUUCAUCAGGGGAAGAAGAUGAGGAGCUCCUGGUGGAGAGGAUGAAGCAGCAGACUUUGUCGCCUCGUUCGCCGCUCUCGCCCCUCUCUCCAAUGUCUCCCAUGGUGGUGGAAAGGGGCAGCGGUGGUGGCGGGGCCAAGGGAACAAUGAUGGACCCUGGUGGAGGACAUCAUUUCGUGUCUGUCUCCACUAACAGCUCGGUGUCGUCCACUAACAGUUACGACCGAAUGCCACGGGAAAACGGUUCCCCUGGCGGCCGCUUGCUAGUGGCUACACCCAUUGAGAUCUGCGUGUGAGCAUGACAAACUCUGCGACUGACUCAACCCACAUUUCCAUACCUCUCGAACUGCAAUAGUUGUGCAUGCAUCGACCAGACUAAAAGUACUAACGUGUAUCCUGUUUUCUACAUCUCGGGAAGAAAGUCAACACGUUGAAGACUUAGGAGAUCUUAAUUGAAGGCACAUACAGAAAGAUUUUUGAUUGGAUGUCAUCAGGACAGGCUUUGUUUACAAACCAGGGACAUUUUGAGAUGCAUUUCAUGAGAAUAUAAAGAAAAAGUGAGAAGCUCCGUGACUAAAACCAUCAGAAAAGAAAACCAAAAUGUAUUUUAUAGAGCAAUACUUGCAGCAAAAAUAAUUCAAGGGAAGACUUCACAAGCUGUGAUGAAGCGACGAAGGACUUGUUUCUAUGAUGAGGACUAAAACAGAACUCGAAGAAACACCCUGGUUGACGGAGUGAGACGAGGUGUAACAAAAAUGUGAAAGUGUGUUUGUGGUUUGUGUGUAUGAAUCUUAAAAAGGUGCAUUUUGCUUUGAGAUACAAUUUAUUUAUUUAAUCGUACAAGACUAAAAUUGUUUUUUCUAUUUUGUUUCUUUUUGUUGUUUUUUAUAAUGUAGUUUUCCUUUUUUUCCACUUUAGUGAAUACUGUAAAGGGACUUCCGACUCCUCUUCCCUGUGCAACACUUGCGGUCGGCUAAUAAGUCGGGGUGUAACGAUUCAUUCAGCUCAUGAGACACCAUGAUACGUGACACUGAGUUCACCACAGAGAUUUGACUCACAAAUAGUGCGAAGGGUUCAAAAAUCGCAAACUGUGUUUUGAAAAAUGUCCAUUUAAGGUGAGAGUUAUUAAUUUCAGAUUUAUUAGGGUUUAUGCUUCCCUUAAUUCACAGUAGCCAAAUUUCACAAGUUAAAUCUAAACUAAUAUUUUAGAUUUCAUCCAGUCUUUCGCAGAUUUAUAGCUAGAAAUGAUCAAAUGUGCUUCCUUAAAAUAAUACUAAAAACAUAUUUAGUUUAAUGCCUAUAGGAAGUUUUGAGUCAGAUGCUAGCUUCAGCAUUGUUAGCGUCUGUUCUGUUUUUCCCUCACAUUUGGUUUAUUUCCCUAUUGGGUAUCAAAAUUACAGACCGUCAAAUGAUUUAAGUCAUGGUGUCAACUUCCAAAUGCUAAUUUAUCAGACUGUUAUCUUCCAGCCCAAUUUGCAAUCCUUGUGGUCAACUCAGUUAACUCAACACUACUAUUUUUUUUCUUACUUUGGAUAAAAAACUAGCAAAAAAUUUCCAUAUGUAGCUUGAAGCACUUAUUUUCAUAUCAGGGCCUCAAAUCUGUUUCACCAGGUGAUCCUGCCCCACAUAUUAGCUAGACAGGAAAGUGUGUGUGUGUGUGACAGAAACGUCAACACAUUUCAGUUUCACGAGAUUUCAUACCACAAAAUGCUGUUACACCCCAACUGAUGAGCAUACCGGUGUUAAUGCUUGUACCAGAAAAAUCUAACACUCUUCGCCUAACUUUAGGUGAUAGAAAAUGACUAUGAUGUCUCUGUCUAUUUUUAUAUUUGCUCCUGAAGUUCUUUUAUCUUUGAAGCUUCACAGGAAAAUCUGUCUGCGACGCUUUUUGUUUUCAUUGUGUUUUAUUUUUUACCGAACAUGUGUGUUUCCUUUGACACUGCUAUCUAAAUACUGUGUGUAGACUAAAAAGAUACAACCUUAGCUCAAUUUGGAAGAAAAAAAAAACAGAGAAGAAAAUAACACCAACUUUAUAUCUGCAUGACUAGCUCACACUUACAGUAAAAAAAAUACACUUGUUAAAGAAAAAGGUUUUGAAGAAAUAUGUGAUUAUUUUUGCAGUAGCACACCUUGAAUUGUAUUCACGGCUGAAUACCAGUGUUAUGAUCUCUUGAGAAAUUCUGGUACUAAAAAAAAAGAAAACAGUAAUUAGUUUUUACUCUGUGUGAAAUAUUUGUGUUAUUGUGUGAUCAUCUCACCACUUUAAAGAACAGCUAAAAAAAUAAUAAGCAUGAGGGCACUGGAGCGAGAGGCUGUAAUUAGAAACUUCGGUUUUAUCUGAAGAGCUUUCUUCUAAAUGGCCUUUGAUGAGAUAGUGAAGCUUUUCACUUUUUGUAUUUUUUAUCCGAUUUAGAAUGAUGGCAAAAAAAAAAAGCAAACCAUUCCUUUUUUGGACUAUGAGAAAAAAAAUCAAGAAAAAUUAUAUUUUCCAAGGCUUAAAAUCAUGUGUAGGAAUGGCUAUCGCUUUCCACACAUUAACCUGCAUGAACAUGUAUGUGCUAAAGAAGCUCUCUUGUGAAAACCUGCUCAGUGUUUCUCGAACCCCAAACCGUAGUAACCCGUAGAUGUAGUGUAGCCGCUGCCGACGAUAUGUUUCUUUAUCUUGUGAGUGUCAGUAGCCUCAGCAUGGAUACUCCCCGACUGAGGAACAGCUAGACCCAGCUAAAGCCCGUGCAUUGUGCAUUUUCAUCAUCAGUGAGUAUGUAUGCUAAGUACAUCUUGUGACAUCUCUGACCUCAUCAGCAGCCUUCUGAUUCAGAACAAAGGACCGUCCUGAUGCAGACACUGUAGCCCUGCUGUUUUCUCCAGCUGGCUGUGAGCUACACACGAAAUUCACAUGACCGCGUGAAACCUGUACAUGAGCUCAUCGAGCAAUUAAAACACCCGGUACAUACUGUUAAUGGUGUCUUUGAGUAGUUGGGGUUUACUUUGCAAAGUUUGAAAAGUCAGGGAAUUCCUAUUCCUAUUCAGAUACAUGGGUGUUGUAAUUCUUGUAUCUGUGUCUCAUAGUAGGUUUUCCCAUAAGAGGCAUUUUAACCUUUUAUUUGUUGCUCAAGUAAAACGGUGUGGAAAACGAAGGCGCGCCACCUAUCGCUUGCUUUACGGUAAUGAGGUUUUAAAACGACCGUUAGAAAGCGACGAGCUGUAUGCUAACACCGACUCAUAACCUGAGCUAACAGGAGUUUUGCUAUUAAGAGUCGGAUGACAAAAAACGUCGAGUGUUCCGUUCAAUAAGUAAUUAAAAGCUUUAGUUAUGCCAGAUUUUUAUCUAAAGUUCGACUCCAAGUUGUUUUAAUUGUAAAAUGUGAAGUUACCUUGGCAGCAGACAUUUCUGUAUCCUGAUAAUAUUCCAGAAAUUCUGACCUGGACUCUGGAGGUUGUUGCUAAGUUUGAAAUGUGCUUGCAAAGAUACACUUCGUGCCUGCAUUUGGACCACGAGAGAAAGAAUAAAUUUUUCUGGACUGAUCAUUAUAGACCUUAAGUAUGAUAUUAACAUAACAACCUCAUAGUUUAGAAUGGGCGUCUCCCUUUCUUUUGAUGUUGGGUUCUGCUGAUAUGUUAGCUUUGUGGUUGUCAUAAUUUGCCCGUUGUUGUCAGCACAAAGUUUGCAAAAUGUUUAGUACAGAUAACUCUAGUGGUUCGGCAAUAAACAGAGGGAAACAGGAAGUUAUUUCAAAAGUUCUGCUAGAAAAUAAUUCCUAGUAUUUUACCUAUUUUUAAAAUUAUUAAACCCGCUUCUUGGAAGUUAACUUCUUUUUAAAAUUGCUUCUAAAAUUUAAAAUUCUAGAAUUUGGAUUCUAAAUUAAGCCUUUGCCCAUUAACUAAUGUGGCUAUUGAGUAUUCUCAGUUAUUACUUUGGUUUGUAUAUUCAUGAAUGUGUUAAACUGAAGAAGACAAUACUAGUAAUUACGUAUUCAGUUUGAGUAUCCAUUAAUCAUCCAAAUCCCACCAGCAAUACUGUGUAUGUUAAAUGUAGCGGGAAGUUUGAUUUCGUAUGUUUUUGUUAACUGGAUGCACAAACUGGACUUUUUUUUGUUCAAAUGUUGAAUCACUGAUGUCAAACUUUUCUCUUUGUUGAUGUUUUAUUUGAGAAUGAACAGCUUUGUAAUCUUGUUGGUUUGGUAAGAAAUUUAGGAAAUUACAGGUAUCUGCCAAUAGAUGAGCAAAACCAGAGUACGUAAUUGGGUGCUUAUUUACGUUCACCCUCACUCGUUUUCUUUGCUUCAAGAAACUUUUGUGCUUGAGCUGAAAAUGGCGAUAUAUAUUUUUAUCAAUUUUUUUGCGGUGGGCAAAAGUAGAUUUCCGAGUUCGUGGAAGCUACUUGGCCCUUUACGUUUCCUAGUGUCUGAGUCAGUGAUUGCUGCUUUGUCCUCUCAUCCAUAAUGUGAUAUGUGUGUGUAAUAAAUUCCCAUUGUCUGUUUGGUGACAUAUUUCCCAUCAUCAUGAUUUUAGCAGAGUUUAAAUGAGUAGAUGACCACAGCACUAGAACUCCUACCCACUUUUGUCUUUGCAAAACAUCCGUCUUCCUGUAAGCUGAGAUUUAGUCAAUAAAAUGAGAAUAUGUGUUGGAGUGAAAUUGGUCUUUUCUUUCUUUUCUUAAUCCCAUGAGAUUUGAUGCUGAAUUUUAAGGGGUUUGCUUUUGCAGUAGACCUUAUUCCAACAUUGCUCUCUCAAUUUUUUAUUUUUUUUAACCAAAUGACUUAUUUUAGAUACAAGCUCACAACUGAAAUCUGUGAAAUCCCAGAGUACUGAAUGGUUGAAACGUCUUUAUCAGCCUGUCAAACAAUUACACUUCACAUUACCUAAUUAAAAUUAAUAUAUGGCAGCAGCAUCAGGAGGGCCAUUUUCAGAUAUUGCUUUUUCUUUUUUUUAUGGUAUUACGACACAUCACACAGAAAAUCCAGAAGAUUGAGCAAAAUAUUUAUUCUGACAAUUGCGAGACCUCUGAUACUCCCGAGAGGUGAACGAGACAUUACAAAAAAAAUCUUGCCAUUAAAAAAAAAAAAAAGAAUCAGAUGAUGGCAACAUUAAAACAAACAAACAAGUUGGCAGUCUUCUUUUAAUGUUAAACUCAAAAUCACCACAGCAUUGAGGCAGACAGAGGAAAAGAAAAGGAGGUGGAAUGUAACGUUUAGUGUGUACCGGGACAGGAAAGGCAGAAAACCUCCUCCUGCUCCAUUACAAAAAAAUAAAAAUAGGUAGAAAAAAAACCACACCCAAAAUCUUUACAAUAUCUGAGAUUCAGCCCUGAGAGCAACAUUUUAAAAAUGCAAACUUUUUUUUUUUUUUAAACAACAUAUUCAGAAAUGUAUAUUUGGUACAAAUCACCAAAGCUUCCAGACAAACCUGCGGGAAGCUCACUGCUUUACUGCAAUAAAAACACAAACUGGGAAAAAUACUAAAAAGACAGAGAUGGCACAAAACGAUCAGCCAAAAAGUUUUUUUUGUUUUUUUUUAAAGGUGAGACUUGGAUUCCUGUGAGAUGCUUCAUGUUGCUGGUGACCGAAAGCCGAGAGGAGAAUCUGACAGUUACAACCAGGCAACUCCAUGCUGCCCCCGGUGGUACGGAGAGGUGCCAGCACUAAUCACACAGACUUCCUAAAAAUAAAGUCAUUACAAAACAACCAAACAAACAAACAAACAAAAAAAAAAACUGGAAAAAGUGCAAGCCAGGUGCCUUUACUCAGGAACUAAUUUGUCACUGCACCCCGGAUAAACUUUUGUCUCCCUCCGUAGAUCAGAUAAGGCUUUUUAAGAAGAGUUCAGGUGCAAAUAUUGUGUUUUAGGAGAUAAAACACAGAGACGGCCUUUCGCGAGAAACCUUUCAGUGACUGACGGCGGAGCUGGAGUGAAGCUGAAACAAAAAGGACGACACACACCACACUGGAUUCUCGCUCCACUAUUAUGGGACUCGCAGGAAGUCCAACUAAUUUAAAAGGCAGCGUCGGCAAAAAUCACAUGGGCACAUUUUUUUGUUGUUGUUGUUUUUUUCUUCUUUUUUCUCCCCCCCUAACGAUUCCAACUCAACGUGGGGAGGCCAAAGUGCUUUGGAGUUGCACAAAAAAAAUUAAAAUAAAAACGAACAAACUAAAUCAUCAGAAACAGUUUGAUGAAGAGAAGGUGGCAAAAGAGCAAUCAGAGAGCCACGAGAAAAGAGCUGAACAGUGCUGAGGGGCCCAGACUGGAGUGCUUCCUGUUAGCAUACAUUCAAACACACACACACACACACACAUAAUGAUAGACUGUGUUGAUAAAAUCAUCUGAGGUUACAACCGGUGCUGCAUCAUUUAAAGCAAAGCCCGUAAAACUAUUACUGAUGGUCCAAUGUCCUGCUGUAGGCAUGGGCAGAUUCUUAUCUAGCGUCAAAAGUCCCUGCCCCUCCCCCAUCUGUUGCUACAAGAGCACUUGACUAAAUAACCAAUCAAAUAGAGAUUUUGUCAGAAUAUUAGCCAUAAUGAUUGAAAAUAUACAGCAAACAGAUGUCAUAAUGCUGCAUGUUUCUAGAAAGUUUGAGGAAUCCUCAAAGCAGAGGAAGUUUAGCAGCUAGCGUUAGCAGUUUGAAAAUUGGACACUUUAUCCUACUAGUUGAAAUUUUAAAACCUACAACCUCACAGGAGUCACCAGCUGUUUCUAACACAUAGCUGCGCUCAAAUUACCUCAGCGGAUGUUUGCAGGCGUUUAUCGCCCGCUAGCGUAGUGUCAUACAACAUGGAGUCGUCUUGCUAGCUGUUAGCCUUCUGUUGCUCUGAGGAUUUCUUUAUGUAAAAACACUGUAAUGCAAGAAAGGGAAUUAUUACUGCAAACCGGAAGUGUUUGCAGUAAUAAUUUAAAUGCAGCAUGUUAGCUUAAAACAUAAGAUUCUAGCAAGCAGUUAAGUGGCUAUUCUGAGUUUGCUCCAUUUUAUGCAUUUAAAUUAAGAUACCAGUCAAUUUGUGAUAUCUUGCAACCAGUAGGAACAAUUGUUGCUUUUCUGCAUUAAAUUAGACCAUUUGAUUCUAUUUGUAGUUAAUGUAAAUACCAGGAAACAGUGAUAUUGUGGUUGUAAUGCCCAUGCCUACUCAGAUAGUUUGUUGUGUGAGCGCAGCAGCUUAACUCAGUCGCAUUUAUUUUUGUCCCAUAUUGGAAUAAAACUAAUCAGAAACUCCUUGACUUGUCGAAGAAUAUUCAAAGCGCUAAACUGAUGGCUUCCAAAAGGAAAGUAAAAAUAAACACACACGCCCUCUCGCCGUCACACAAACAUAUUACAAUUAAGCCUCUUUGACAAACAGCUGAAGAAGCCCGUAAGAAGAGUUCAGGAAUAAAUAAACCAAAUAUAAUCAAAUACUUAGAAAAUCUUU